AAUUUAAGAAAAGUUAAAAAAAAAUGAUAUUAAUUGGACACAAGGGAUAAAUACAAUUGCGCAUUAACAAUAUGACCAUUAGUGGCCAGGAAAGGAAAACACAUGCAACCAAAUGGGCAGUACAAGAAACGGAUCAUGGGAAUGGAAGUUAUGAUGGGGAAGAAAUUUGUUCAAUUGGGAAGCCUUCAGAGAAGUAAUGCACGGGGACUUGAAAGGACAGUAGGACAGGAGCGUGAGGGGAACCGAAAACCAACAUAUGGGUAUGGUAAAGGGGUUCUGGAGCAAGCAACCUCUUUUUUCAUCACAAAAUUUCCAAAAGAUGUGGAGAUGGGAGAUAUGUGGCAAGCAUUUGUGAAAUGCGGAAGGGCAAUUCAGAUUUUCAUUGCACAAAAGAGAGAUAGAUGGGGACGUCGGUUCGGCUUCACCAGAUUCCUUGAUGUGGCAAACCCGAACUCCCUGGAGGCUAAGCUUAAUCAAAUCAAAUUUGAGGCCUUGAAAGGAGGGAAAAGCAAAACCCAUGGUCAGGCUCAAAGGAAGGAGUGGCAGAGGAAAAGGCAAGGAAUUUCAGACAAGUCUCAGAUGGAGAGCUGGCACGGGCUUGAGGUGAAGGUGGAGGAAGAAGAUAUGGAAUGGUUGAGAAACAGUUUUGUGGGGUUUGCCAAGAGUCCCGAAAUCAUCUGCAAUCUUCAGGAAAAAUUCCUAAUGGAAGGUUACUUCUCAGCAAAAGUAACACCAAUGGGUAGUAAUAUGGUAUUGAUCACUUGCGAAGACAGUGAGGAACUAAAGAAUCUAGUAGAAACUGGGAGAGACUGGCCUGCACAGUGGUUCACAGAUACCAAACCUUGGAAUCCCGAGUUGGUUGCAGCAGAAAGAUUUACUUGGUUGAGAUGCCAAGGGGUACCAUUACAUAUAUGGAAGAGCAGCUUCUUCGAGACAGUGGCAAAUCUCUUUGGAAAAUUUAUCUCCCUUGACAAUAGUACUAUUAAAAAAUCACGAUUGGAUGUGGCCAAAAUCUUGGUCAUGACACCUUCUCAGGCUAAUAUUCAGAGGGUGAUAAAGGUUAAAGCCAGGGAGUCCACAUUUCAAAUUAGAAUCUCAGAGGAGUCAGGGAUUGAUAAUUUAUUUUCUCUCCACUCUGACUUUGUACUGUGCAGAAAUGAAGAAUCUGAGGAUGAAGAAUGGUCAGAUGAAUCAAAUUGGGGUGAAACUGAAAACGAACAUAAUUGGGAUGGUUGGCAAAUUAUGCAGGAUGAUGAAGAUAGGGAGAUCAUGGAGGAAGUCGAUUCAGGAAGGAAGAGAUGGGGGGUGUCGCCGGAGCCGGAGCUGGAGUCGGAGGUAGAAAAAGUUUCUGAAACCAAGCUGUCAGAAAAAGUUCCUGAAACCACGCUGCCAAAAAAAGUUGCAUUUAAUGCUGAUGGAUGCAAUUCAAAUUUGUUGGCGGUAGCAAGCAAAGAGGGUAGUUCCGAGGAGGAUCAUGGAGUAGAUCUAUUGGAAAAUGGAAAAAGCAAUGCUAAAGACGGCAAUGAGGAAAUCGGCUCUGACAGCUUGCACAAGGGUAAGGAAGGAGACAGAAAUGUGUACCAGCAAAAUGUCAAUCAAUUGGGCCUUAUGGACCAAAACACCUCACAGUUGAGAUUGGAUAGCAACAGUGUUGGGGAGGGCAUGGGCUCCCAACAAGGAGUUAAAAUACUAAAAAGGACUAUCACCCAGGCCAAUGAAAAAAGUGAAGACUCAAAAGAAGUAGGCGACUUGGAAGACGGGAGAAGGAAGGUGGGAGAGGAAGAGAAAAGUACUCAGCCAUUUUGGGAGGGGCUAGCAAGUGAUGACGAGAUCCUCCAAGCAAGGGCAGAAUGCCUGGCUCGAGAUAGAGCAAGAAAAGGAAAGUGGGUCAAGCAAAUGAAGGGAAGAAGGAAACGUAAGAACAGAGCAAGCAUUGGUGAAGAUAAUUUGAAGAGCAUUCACCAAAUGGCUGGAAUUGAAGGGGAAUGCAGUUCCUCGAAUUGUAAAAAUGAAAGCAGUAAGAAGUGGAAACAAGAAGCAGCAGAAUUUUGGGAAAUAGGGUUGAGGCUAGGGCUGAUUUAUAAGGGCAAUGUGGAGGACCUUAUUAGGCGAGUGGGUGAAAUGGAGAAAAGAGAUAGAAUAGCUUUGGAAACAAAACUUGAAGUGUUCGAUGAUAAAAUAGCAAAAUCCAUCUGGGGUGAUGAGCAUUGUGCAUGGGUUGCAAAAGAUGCAAGAGGAAGAUCUGGAGGAAUUGCGUGCGUAUGGAAUCUAGAUUCGUUCAACAUGGUGCGAAGAAUUGAAGGUAGUGGCUUUAUUGGAAUGUUUGGUUUCUGGGGAAAUGAUGCAGUGCCUUGCUUUCUUAUAAAUGUUUAUUCUUCCUAUGAUAAGCAAGAGAAAAGAAUCUUUUGGGGUGAACUCCUCGACUUAAUUAAGGCAAAUAGAGGUGGAAAUUGGUGUGUUGGAGGGGAUUUUAAUGCAGUACGAGACCAAGAUGAAAGAAGUGGGAGGUACAUUGAUGCUACAGAUAUGAGAGGUUUCAAUGACUUCAUAUUAGGAGCAGGCUUGGAGGAAAUACCUAUGUUGAAAGCUUGGAACAAAGAAGUAUUCGGAGGGGUGGAUAGAAAUAUUGAUGCAGCUAGAGAAGAAAUAAAGCGGUUAGAUGAAAAAGAGGAGAAUGGUGGGCUUACAAGCAUGGAGAUCGGUAAAAGAAAAGAGAAUUUUCAGAAGCUCAUGGAGUGGAGCCUUUAUAGCAAUGGAGAAUGGAUCGAAGAUGUCGGUGAGGUAAAGGAGCUGGCAAGAAACUACUUCAAAGGUAAAUUUGAAGAAGAAAAGUGGAGCAGACCUACACUAGGAGACUUGCAAUUCAAGAAGAUUAGUGAAGCUGAUAAUAAGUUCUUAAUCUCCAAAUUCUCUUCUGAGGAGAUUGAUGAAGCAGUGUGGGGAUGCAAUGGAACCAAAAGCCCAGGCCCAGAUGGUUUUAAUUUCAAUUUUAUUAAAAAGGUUUGGCCAGUUAUUAAGGAGGAUGUUUAUGCUUUCUUAGCAGAAUUUCAUGAAAAUGGCAAGCUAGUUAAAGGGAGCAAUGCUUCAUUCUUAGUCUUGAUUCCUAAGAAGGACAACCCUCAAAGUCUUGGGGAUUACAGGCCAAUUUCUCUCAUCAGCAGCAUGUACAAAAUAGUCUCCAAAAUACUUGCUAAUAGGCUGUCAAAGGUGUUGGACUUGGUGAUAAGCCCUAACCAAACAGCUUUCAUUGGAGGAAGACAUAUAACAGAUGGCAUAAUCAUCACCAAUGAGAUCAUUCACGAAGCUAAGCAGUCAAAGAAACCAAUGCUGGUGUUCAAAGAAGAUUUUGAAAAGGCAUAUGACAGCAUUAAUUGGGAAAUCCCAACAAAGGACAACUUGAUGAAGCGGGGAAUGAAUGACCAAGGCAAUGAAAAAUGUGUGCUGUGUGAUCUAGAAGCAGAAAGCGUGGAACAUCUUUUCUUCAAGUGUAACGUAUCAUGGAGCAUUUGGGCAUCAUGCUAUGACUGGUGGGAUCUCAAAGUAGCUAGCCACAGUAAAGGAUGGCCCCAUCUUGAGCAACACACUGGCAUGAUAUCCACAGGUAUGCAUUAUGCCCAGACCUUGUGCAAGACAAAUGGUGUUCAAAACCAACAGAAGGCUACACGAGAAUGCAGCAACGAGUUUGAGAUUAUUGAGCACUCAAUGGACAUCACUGAAGAAGGUUUGAUGACGGUAGAAAUAUGAUGGAUAAAUGUUUUGAAAUCAUGUGUUUGAUCACUUUCUAUUGCUGUAGGCUGCGGUCAUAUUUCCAGGAGCUUUUGCUAUGAAUGGAACUUUAUGUUUUAGUAAUGUAAUGGAUUUUGAGUACGUCCUGUACUCCAUGAAUAAUAUAUUUUCUUUGCUGAU